UUGAUGUCAAAGCUUGUUACUGUUAAAGUUUCAAAGGAAGAAUCAACGGUCUUUUUUUUUUUCUUCUUCUAAGAGAUUUUUAGAUAAAGCAUUCAUAAGAAAAAGCUGUGUCUCUAAAUGCGAUUGGUGGUUCAAAGAUGAGGAAUGCAUUAAUGGUGUUUCUUUUGUUUUUUCACUGUUGUAGUGAAGCUUCUGGUUUGGGUGUUCUGGUUUUAGAUAAUAGGGUUCUUGACUCUUGGGGUUGGCAGAAGAGAAAUAUUAUAAUAAUACUCUUUGUUUUCACAACCCCUGAAAUUGGAGGGAAAGUGCCAUGUGGUGAGCUCAGAUGUCUGCACAUGGCUUCUCUCAUUUCCAAGCUUUGAGACUGUAAAUCAAAUUAUCAAUACAGGGAAAACAAAGGGUUUUGUGGUUUCCAAGAGAAUCAGUUGCAGUAGGGAAGACCACCUGAUUUGUGUGUUUAAUAUAUAUAGUAAAGCAAUUGGGAGGCUUUUGGGAAUUGGUGAUGAGUGAAGUGUGAAUGAGAGAAACAGCCUAGAAAUUUAGUCUUAUUUUGCACAGUCCAAAUUAUGUAAUCCAAUAACAUUUUUUUUAUAUUCAACUUGCAUAUGCUUCCUCUUUCGCAAACCACUCCCUCUUUCCCUUGAGCAGAUUGGUAUUACAGGCAAAACUGGCUACCUGGUUUUCCUUCUUUCCCUUUUGGGUACUACUAUUUAGAUGAACUGCUGAUUCAUACAUCAUCUCCUACUAAAACCCCUUCUUAUUUUCCUGGGUUUUUUUUUAUCUAUGAAACCCCUUCCUUAUUUUGGAUAUGUGUCUUCUUGCUUCUGCAUAUGCCCUUUAUUCUGAAAAUCUAGAACUAAGUUUACAAGUUCAUCCAUAUAUGCUCUUCUCUGAUCUCACAGCCUGAAACCUUGCUUUUUUUUCCUUGUAUAGUUAACCUUAGUGAUAUAUAAGAGCCUUUUUUUUUUUCUAGUCCAUGGAGUUGGGACAUGAUCAAAUGGGUACUUGUUUGUUUCUCCUCAAAAACCCAGUGUCAUGGGUUGUCGUUCUUGCCCCACUGAUAACAUCUGCUAGCUUUUUUAUCUUUGGGUCCUUAUCCAUCUUCUUCACAUCUACAGUGUUGAUCUUGUCAACUGUUGUCUUCAUAUUAUCUAAGAGGAAACUGAAGUUGGUGGUGGAAUCAGUGGAAGAGGAUAUUCAUAAAUCUGUUGAGGAAAGGUCACCUCAAAUACAGCCUGAAGGUGAACUUAAUAAGCAAAACUCAAAAGAUCAGGAAGGUGCUUCAUAUGAUCAUCAGAUCCAUGACUGCAUAGCCAAAUCACCAGAUGUCCUGUCUGAAAACGAAUGCGUUAAUGAUGAUCAGUUGUCAACCACUGAAGACUCCGAAGUGGACUGGUCGUUCCGGGAUAACAGGGAUGGAACCCCAGAUUGGUCGGACGACGAGGAUAGUCUCAUUGAAAUCUCCCUUCCAGGAGGACAAUACCAGCCAAACAAUAAGUACGGUAGUAUGCAGCAGAAAUUGCCGGAAUUCAUGCCGGAAUCUAUUUUCCAGCAACGGAGUUUAAUGGAGCUUUUAGCAGAGUUGAACGACAUGAAUGAGGAGGAAAACCUGAUAGAGAUUGACAUAUCCAUGGGCUCCAUCAAGUAUUCAAGGUUUGAGAUUGAAGCUUAAUUAAGAUUACAUUUCUAUUUACCAAAUGUUCCAAGUGUCUUCUUCUUCUUUUUUUUUCUCUUUUUUGAUCCAUAUGGAUUUGGUGUAACUUUUACAAGUUUAGAAAUCUAAUAUCCCAGCAAUAUUAUAUGCUGCCAUGUCAUGUGCUAAUAUUAUUCAGAACUUUGGAUACCCUCCGAUAAAGAACUUGUGGUACUGCAUCACCCUUAAUGCUCAUUAAAGUAAUCAAAAGUAGACAGUUUGAUGGA